AAAGUUGAAGUACCUGAACUACGGAAAUUGACCAAAAAAGAUGUGAUCGAAUUCUUCGAUAGACAUUUCUCGUGUGAUUCGCCAGCAAGACGAAAACUGACCACGAUGAUUUACGCGAACGAUAUGACAGAGGAGAUGCUCGAUCAAGCAAACAAACGCGUAGAACGCUCGGCUGCAGGUGGGGAUGUGGCAGGGGAUAGCGCAGAAAAGAAGGUUCGUUGGCGAUUCUGA